AUGCAUCGACUACGGAAUCAAGAGAUGCAGAGACACGUUAAAGUAUUUCAGGUGAAUGUGAAUCAAAGCAAACCCUCGAUGGAUCUUCUGUUACAUCAGGCGAAAGAGAAUGAUGUUGGCGUGCUGCUGAUCUCAGAACCAAAUUACAUCCCUGAUUCUGAAGGCUGGUUCGCCAGCGUAGAUGGUAGCGUUGCAAUAUUCGUUGACACCACCCGGGUCAAAUUAAGAUGUCUCCUUGCUAAAUCAGGCCCUCGAUUUGUCGCGAUAUUAUGCGGUCCUUAUAUGAUUAUGUCGGUAUACAUCUCCUCGAAUAUCGGACUGAGGGAGUUUAACGUCUUCUUAGACGAACUAUCGGAAGAAAUAUCAUCCCGGGUGGAUAAAAUUAUAUGCGGGGGUGACUUCAACGCUAAAGCCACACUGUGGGGAGCUUCCUCUACAGAUGGUAGGGGUCUGCUCCUCACAAGAUGGGCAGCAGAAAGAAAUUUGCGUAUCGCUAACAUCGGAAAUGAGCCAACAUGUGUGCGCCCGCAGGGCAACUCAAUUGUUGACCUGACCUGGGUGUCUCCGGAUCUUCUACUUUUGGUUCAGGAAUGGCGUGUUAGGAGUGAUUUAGAGUCCCUUUCCGAUCACCUUUAUAUAUCGUUUGUUGUGAGCUGUGAACGACCCGAACCACCACCCAACCGGCUGGUUUGUAGGAGGUGGAACGUGAGGGAAUUUGACAUAGAUCUAUUUCAUGCUGCGCUGAAUUGGAGGGAAAAGGGUCCCCCGGUUGAGGAUCAUCAGAGUGUCCAACGGAUGGUAGACUGGCUAGACCGGGUGAUGGAGGAAGCCUGUGAUGUCGCCUCACCGAGAAUUGGCCCCCGAAGAUCUCGAAGACAGGCGUACUGGUGGCAGGACUCUGUCGCGGUUCUUCGUCAGGGAUGUACUUUGGCAAGGCGGCUAUGGCAGAGAGCUAAGAAGAGGAGGCGCCCUUUGGCAGUUAUCAUGGAGUUGGGAGCAACCUAUAAGUCAAAGCGAAAAGACCUUCGUAAGGAAAUUAAUAGGUUGAAGUCGGCGGCAUGGCAGGAACUUAUCAGGUCUAUUGAUGAUGAUCCAUAA